UAUCUAUAAGAUGCGGCAUCCAAGCGAAGGAUCAUUGUGCUAAUCCAACCAGACAUUUCAGCCAUGUCGAGCGUAUACGCUUGCAUGUUGUUCUUAUUCUUUGUCGUGCUAAAUCCGGUGAGCCUCGCCGCCGGCGCCACCAACAGCAGCGGUGCGGCUGGAUUCAGCCUGCCCCUCGUGCCCCACUACCGCACUGAAGCCGGCGUACUCGAGGAGCUCCUGCCGGAAGGUGAUGCCGAGGGCGGCGUGAACAUCACGUCCAUACGCCCCAAGAUGAUCCCAUUGACGGGGCCUGUCUACAGCGUCCGCGUCGGCGUCGGCAGCGGCGAAACCCAGCACUUCUACAAGCUCGCGCUGGACCUCGUCCGCCCCCUGACGUGGAUACGGUGCCGACCAUGCAUACCGGAGAAGAAGCAGGAGGGCUCUAUCUUCAACACCGCCGUCUCCCCUCAUUACCACGCCAUUGCGUCCACAGACCGUCGCUGCACGGCCCCAUACAAGCGCGGCAGCCGGGGCCGGUGCAUCUUCGACGUCAAGUACCAGUACCACGGCUCAAGCGCGCAGGGCUUCCUGAGCACCGACAACUUCGCCUUCGACGGUAGCGGCCCCGGGAGCCACAUCAGCGGUGUGGACGGCCUUGUCUUCGGCUGCGCGCACUCCACGCACCAGUUUGACAACCACGGCGUCUGGGCCGGCGUCAUGAGCCUCAACAGGCACCCGACCUCCUUGAUCCGGCAGCUCUCGGACCGCGGCCUCGCCGCCUCGCGCUUCUCCUACUGCCUCGUCGGCAAGGAGCACGAGCACCUCCACCGGCGUGGCUUCCUCCGGUUCGGCGCCGACAUCCCGGACCAACCGCACGCACGGAGCACGGCGCUGCUGCACGGGGAACUCGCCCAAGGAGGGGGCAUGUACUACGUCCACCUCGUCGGCAUCAGCCUGGGCGGGCGAAGGCUCACGGCGAUCACGCCGGCGAUGUUCGAACGCGACCCGCGCACCCUCCGCGGCGGGUGCACCGUCGACGUUGGGACGUCGCACACCUUGCUGGCCCCGGACGCGUACCAUAUCCUGGCGGCCGAGGUCGUGGCGCACCUGCAGAGCCGCGGGGUGCACCGCGCGCCCGGGCCGGUGCAGAAUCUCAAGCUGUGCUUCCGCGGGGCGUGGGACAGUAUCCGCGCGCACUUCCCGAGCGUGACGCUCCACUUCGACCCGGAAUCGGCCGUGCUCUUUAUCAAGCCGGAGCUGCUGUUCCUGGCAGUGACGCAUCAGCAUACCCACUAUGCGUGUUUCACCGUCGUGCCGUACGCUGAGAGGUCAGUGAUCGGCGCGGGGCAGAUGUUGGACACACGCUUCACGUUUGACCUCCAACACAACCGCCUCUUCUUUGCUCCGGAGGAUUGCCAUCUAGACACUAGCGCAGUGGGGAUGACCUAACUAGCUACAUCCCUAUAUCAUCGGUUUGUGCAAGACUUGUGUCAAAAUAAUGAAUAAAUGUCUUUUUACAAUAA